GACCCACAACGAGCCACAACAAACAUGAGCCAAGGUCAGAGCAGAACAGAGGCAAGGGAAGCGAGAGGCGAGUUAGAGAGAGUGAGAGUUUGAGAGACUUACCGGCCGCAAGAAGGAGGUGGAGGAGGAGCUCUUGUCGUGGGUCUGUCUGUGACGGCAAGGUCAGAGCAGAGUCGAGACUCUUCAUUCAUUCAAAAUCAACCACCCAAUGUUUAAAAAUUUGAAACUUUGUUUUAGUUAUUUUAGUCUCAAUGCUUAUUGCACACACCGUUUUUUCCUCCAAGUUUUAGGCUUUACGCACACAUCUGGCGACAUUUGAAGCUCAUUAUUUUGACAACCCACCACACGAAAAAAACCUUGAUUGAUGUCAACGGAUCUAUUUUUGAAAACCUCACCUUCAUGCUUCAUGCUUCCUCUCAACGUUUCAUAUCAAUCUCUUCACGUUUCUACAAAACCCACCUCUUUUUCCCACCUGAACUCAGCCGUUCAAUCUUAAUACACACCCACAAUACCCACACUCAAUCCUUUGUUACCCACCAUGAUGAGCUUCUUAAAUUCUUUGACCACUUUCUUCGACAAUGCACCACGGUUCAACACUGCAAACGCGUUCACACCCAAGUUGUUGUCACUGGCACGAGCAGGUCAGCCUUCUUGGCUGCCCGGCUUGUGUCAGUAUAUGGCCGUUUCGGGCUUGUUUUUGAUGCCCGGAAAGUGUUUGAUGAAAUUCCAGUUGAGGGUCUUUCAAACUUGCUAUUGUGGAAUUCAAUUCUGAGAGCUAGUGUCUCAAAUGGGUAUUAUGUGGAAGGCCUUAAAAUUUAUGAUAAAAUGCGAAAACUUGGGGUUUGUGCUGAUGGAUUCACUUUGCCUUUGGUAAUAAAGGCAUGUGCGUUUAUGGGUGUUUUGAAUUUGUGCAGGAAUGUUCAUACUCAUGUUUUGCAAAUGGGUUUUCAAAAUCAUCUUCAUGUUGUGAAUGAAUUGGUUGGAAUGUAUGGGAAGCUUGGGCGAAUGGAGAGUGCCCGCCAAUUGUUUGAUAGAAUGACUGUUAGAAGCUAUAUUUCAUGGAAUACCUUAGUUUCAGGUUAUGCCUUUAACUAUGAUUGCAAUGGUGCAUCUGAGAUGUUUAGGCAGAUGGAGUUGGAAGGAUUGGAGCCAAACCCUGUGACAUGGACAUCUCUGUUUUCAAGUCAUGCUAGAUGUGGGCGGAAUGAAGAGACGGUAGAGUUGUUUGGUAUGAUGAGGAAGAGAGGAAUUGGGGCAACUGCUGAAGCGCUUGCUGUUGUGUUAUCUGUAUGUGCUGAUUUGGUUGCAGUUGGAAGGGGCAAGGUCAUUCAUGGAUAUAUUAUAAAGGGUGGGUUUGAAAAUUACUUGUUUGUGAAGAAUGCACUAAUAUGUAUGUAUGGGAAGUGUGGAGACGUAAAAUAUGCACAAAAUUUGUUUUUAGAGAUGGAAACAAAGAAUCUAGUGAGUUGGAAUGCUUUGAUAACAUCAUAUGCUGAAUCUGGAUUAUGUGAUGAGGCAUUUGAAAUAUUUUCCCAGCUAAAGACUUCAGGUGAUUGUCCUAUGAUCAGACCUAAUGUCAUAAGUUGGAGCUCUGUUAUUGAUGGAUUUUCUUCUAAGGGCCAAGGGGAGGAGUCCCUGAAACUUUUUAGGCAAAUGCAGCUUGCCAAUGUCAUGCCUAAUUGCGUGACGAUAUCCAGUGUUUUGUCAGUUUGUGCAGAGUUAGCAGCAGUGAAUCUCGGCAGGGAAAUACACAGUCACGUGGUUAGGGCUUUGAUGGAUAGUAACAUUUUGGUUGGAAAUGGCUUGAUUAAUAUGUACACAAAGUGUGGAAGUUUCAAGGAAGCCCAUUUGGUAUUUGAGAAAAAUGAUAAUAGAGAUUUAAUUUCAUGGAACUCAAUGAUUGCCGGGUAUGGGAUGCAUGGACUUGGUGAAAAAGCUUUAGAAACUUUUGAUCAGAUGAUUGAAUCUGGAUUAGAGCCAGACAAUAUCACCUUUGUUGCUGUUCUUUCUGCUUGUAGUCAUGCUGGGCUUGUUGUGGAGGGUCGUAGGCUAUUUAAUGAAAUGACUCAAGAGUUUAGGGUUGAACCCCAAAUGGAGCACUAUACUUGCAUGGUCGAUCUCCUUGGACGUGCUGGGUUUUUACAAGAAGCAAGUGACAUUGUGAAAAGCAUGCCAAUGGAACCCAAUGAUUGUGUAUGGGGUGCCCUUCUGAACUCUUGUAGGAAGUACAAGAAUACAGAUGUUGCUGAAGAGACUGCCUCCCAUAUUUUUAAUAUGAGCUCAGAAACAACCGGGAACUACAUGCUGCUAUCAAAUAUUUUUGCUGCAAGUGGGAAAUGGGUGGACUCUGCAAGGAUGAGGAUCUCAGCAAAGACAAAGGGUUUAAAGAAAGUUCCUGGCCUGAGUUGGAUUGAGGUGAAGAAAAGGUUUCAUGUGUUCUCAGCAGGGAACACUUUGCAACUGGGGUUGGAGGAAGUUUAUGGGACCCUUGAGGAAUUGGCACUUCAAAUGGAAAGUGAGUGCAGUUCAGUUCAUAACAGCAUCUUUGAACAAAAUGUUGAUGAAGAAGAAACAUGUACUCGACUCAGAAACAAGGGAGAAUCUGGAGAGUUUUUGAAGGCAACACAACCGUGAUGGAGACUGAGGGAAGUGUACUUUGAUUUGGUCUUGGGGAGCAGAUCUGUAAGGGCCCAUCACAGUUUCUAACGUUUAGCUCCAGAUUUUCACGGACCUAGCACUCCAAGCAAAAUCAUUUACCAAACAAUGAGCGUCACUCAAAAUGUUAAUCUUCCCCAGCAUUGCAGAAGUGUUAAGGAGACUGAUGUGAGGAAUUCUGGACCUAAUAGUUUCAUGAUAAGUGCAAGACUGAAGAGAGGAAUGAGAAAUUUGAAGUGGCAUUAUGGAAAAAGUCAGGGUAGGAAGACUGGGGGAAUGCUGGUUGGCUUCCACCACAAGUUGCAAAAAUACUCUUUAGAGGAGUUCCCUUUCCUACUGCUAGGUAAUUUAUAGAAAUGAUGGCUGUAAGCAGAGAAGUGAGCAAAAAGAAAAGCUUUUAGAGUGAUGGGUUCAGUGCAUGAACUGGGACUCUAUAAGCAAAUUCAUUAUAUGAACCAGAUGCUUGCUUUUCAGCAAAUAUCCAUCGAAUCAGAUGCUUGCUUUUCAGCAAAUAAAAUUGAUAUGAGAUCAUCAAAUAAAGUGAUGCCAAAACACAAAGCGUGGGUAUGAGAUCAUCAACUUUCCUUAUUGCUCCAAAGCCAAACCUAUUAAGUUCUGUAGCCUAUCAUGUCUAUCAAGAUUUGUAUAUAAUUCCAUUCAUUGAUAAUUUCAACAUGUGUUAAUGUGAUUAA